AUGUCUCGAGAGGAACAAACGUUGGAAAAAUCUAUUAAGAAAGCCUUAAGUGGUGGUGAUGUUGCACCUAAACGUAAACAUGUCCGUGCAUGUAUUGUUUAUACAUGGGAUCAUAAAUCUUCUAAAACGUUCUUCAAUUUGUUGAAGUUGCAGCCUUAUGCAACCGAUGAACUACAAUUGUUCAAAGCUUUGGUUCUCUUACAUAAGGUAUUACAGGAAGGUCAUCCUUCUGCAUUGGUGGAGGGAAUUAGAAAUAUAGACUGGAUUGAAUCGUUAAGUAGGAUUUUUUCUGUUGAUUCAGAUGAUGGUUCUAAAUAUGGGUCCUCAAGGAUGCGUUAUAUAGGAGACGAGUAUGCCAAAGCCAUAGGUGAAUAUGUGUUUUUUCUAGUCGAGAAAUUACAAUUUCAUAAGUCGCAUAAAGGGUUUAAUGGUAUUUUUGAAUAUGAAGAGUAUGUUUCUUUGGUUUCAGUGUCUGAUCCUAACGAAGGUUACGAGACUGUUCUUGAUUUAAUGAAUCUUGAAGAUGUUGCUGAUAACUUGCAGAAAUUGAUCUUUGCGGGCAUAUCUAACAGAAAGAGUGGGUUUGGUAGUUUUUCAUCUGGUUUAGAUUGUAGAGGCGCCGUCUUAAUUCCUUUGGUUAGUGAAACAUAUGGAAUAUUCAAGUUUGUUACGUCUAUGAUGAAAGCUUUGUAUAAACAAAUGGGUGAUUAUGAUGCUUUAAGUGGGUUGUUUGAUAGGUAUACCGAGCAAUGUGCACGUUUAAAUGAGUUUUAUUUUGAUUGUAAUACUGUUCAACCUCUAAAAAACUUGAUUACAAUCCCUACUUUGCCUUCGGACCCAAUGUCUCGUAUUAUUGACGAUGAAGAUGAUGCUGAAGUCAAUGAUGUUGUUUUUGAAAAAAGAUCCAAAUCUUCCGUCUCAAGUUUACCAAGCAGGACACCGACUCGUGAGAAUUUACGUGAUCCGUCUCCUGUUCAUGAAGCUCCUCCUGUUGCACGUCCUGCUGAAGUUCGGUCGUUAUCUCAGCCAGCAGCACCAGUUGUUCCUAUUGCAACUGGCGUGGUGAUGCCUGUUGUUACAGGGUACAGCCAACCACCGUUACAGGUUGUUCCUACUGGCGCCGAGUUUUGGUCUAUUCCCUCGACUAGUGCACCGACCAGAAGUGUGGUUGCUUCGCAUGAUGAUUUAUUGAUCGAGCAACAAAAGCAGCAGCAAAUUCAACAGCAGCAGUAUGCCUUACAAUUGGAGCAUCAGAAGCAGCUUCAGCUUCAACAAGAACAGCAAGCUUUACUUCAGCAACGUAUUCAACAACAGGAAAUGGAAAAGGAAGCAUUAAUUCAGCAGAAAACGGCGUCUUUGCAAAAUGACAUUAUGAGUUUUAAAAAUCAGUACGAACGAGACCAAGUUAUGUUAGAACAGUAUGAUAAACGUGUUCAGAAGUUAGAGUCUGAAUUGGAAUCAGUAAAAGAAUUUAAAGAAAAGUAUCAAUCUCUUGCAAAGCUGUAUUCACAGUUACGUCAAGAACAUUUGAAUAUUUUAAAAAAAAUGAAGAAAACGCAAGAUGAUCUUGCCGAAGCUGAAUCUGAGGUGAAAAAGCUGAAGUCAAGCGCCUUGUCCAAUGUUGGUAUAAGAAAUAAUAAUAAAGGAGAAAGUGAAAGAGAAGAAGCUAAAGACAGAAGCGGCAUGAUAUUGAAAAGUCUAGUUGAAUCGAGUAUCAAAUCGCUCCAGGAUCCGAUCGCCUCUCUUGAUGUGUCAGACCUUGCCACCGAUCUUUCCAAUGCCUUCAUCGAUGGUGAUAUCAAUACCAUAGUCAAUAUUCUGCCCGAGUUUGUCUCACUACUGCUCCGCUGCCCACAGGAGAUGCAGACCAUAGCAGAAGACUUCUUGCGAUGCUUAUCCUCGGCAAAGCAGACCGAUUCCGUGAUAAACGCCAACAUUGCGUUCCAGGAAAAGCUUAAGAGGUUGGGUGAAAUUAGACAAUAUAGUUACAGAUAUGGUGAUAGUGAUGAAGUAUAA